GCUACAUUAAGCGAGCGGUUUUGUAGUUAUGUUCCGAGUUUGGCAGGAAAGAUUACAGUAUGUGGAUUAUCAAUAAUUAGUUUGAUAACUUUUGCGAAAAACGGAACAACGAAAUUUAAAAUAUCGUAACUAAACAUCUCACUCUUUAGAUGUAUAUUUCUCAGGACACAUGUUUUCAUAUCGAUGGUACCACAAACAUUAUUUUACAAAUGAAUGGAAGAGAAAGAUAGACAUUUUCUACCUACUUAUUGAGAAGAAGUUAAAGGACGGUCGGAAGGUUGAAGAGGGGAUAAAUCAUGUAGAAAACAAUUGUCAUUCCUCAGCAGUUCCUGCUGAAAAUGUUAAAACCAAUGCAAAAUAUCAAAGAGACUGUAGUAAUGUGAAUAUAAAUCACCAUCCUGUUGUCUGUGAGAAGUUGGCUAAUUCCACUAUUGCACAAAAACAAAAUCCAAGCUAUGCACCCAACCUCAGUGGUUGUUCUUGUCUUCAUCAAGCAAGUUUUCAGGGAGAUUUGGUAGCAGUGGAACAAUUGUUGGACAAUGGGAUUGAUGUUAAUGUGGAAGGAUAUGGUGGUCUCACUCCCUUGCAAUUGUUAAAUUGUUGAAAGCCUAUGAUACAUUCCCAGACCUGCUUACCUCUCAGCGAUUGUCAAGUAAUCAUUAUUUAGAGGCUCCUGUAUCACCUGUAGGAAAGCUCUGUGCCUUAUUCAAAGAAAAGCUUAGUGUGUUUCAGCUGCGAUCACAAUUAGACGUCAACUCUGUUCUGUCACUGGAGGACAUUUCAUGGAGUGACAUUGUUAUUGGUACUGGUUCAUUUAGUCAAGUACAUAAGGGAGUGUAUAAAGAUAGAACAGUUGCAGUAAAGAGAUACCGGUCUGAAGAUGUGAACCAAUGCAAGUCAGCUGUUAGAAUGUUUUGCCACGAAGUGUCCAUCCUCUCUCGACUGGAUUGUUCCUACAUUGUCAAGUUUGUAGGUGCUUGCAUUGAUGCACCAAAUAACUUCGCAUUAGUUACUGAAUAUAUCAGUGGUGGCUCACUUUUUUCUGUACUUCAUGAACAUAAAAGAUUGAUUGAAAUGUCCUCUAAGUUGCAGGUAGCCCUGGAUGUAGCCAAGGGUAUGGAAUACCUGCACACGGCCCACCAACCUGUGCUGCAUGGAGACCUCAACAGUUACAACAUUCUCCUGACUGGUUCAGGAAAUGCAGUGGUGGCCGAUUUUGGUGAAUCUAGAUACAUGGAUUUAGUACAGGAGGAUAUAAGCCCACAGCCUGGGCAUUUGCGGUGGAUGGCUCCCGAAGUAUUCACACAAUGUAGCAAAUACUCAACCAAAUCAGACGUGUUUAGCUUUGCACUUUGUCUAUGGGAACUGCUUACAGAACAACUCCCAUUCGCUCAUUUACAGCCAGCUGCAGCUGCUUCUCAAAUGGGAUAUCACUAUGCAAGACCACCUAUUAGAUGUGAAAUCCCAAAAUGUCUUGGGGGCCUCAUUAUUAAAGCAUGGCAUGUCAGUCCACAGAAGCGGCCGACAUUUACAGAAAUAAUCUUCUCUUUAAACGAAUACAAGUCUAAUUCUAUGCUAAAACUUUCCAUAUCUUAUGAUUUGUGCACGGCCAAUUCAUGCAGCCAAGGAAAAGACUCUCAGAUUAUGGAAACACCUUCAUCUGCAACGGAAUUACAAUGGGAUUGUGCAAAGAAAGAGGGAUAUAAUACAGAUGAGGUAGCAAAGGGACCACAUUACAUGAUUUCUGACAAAAAUGGAUAUGUUUCAGAUCCUCUCUGUACACUCAGGUCGAAGAAAACAAAGGAAGGUUCAUCAAUUUAAAUUUCAUCUAAUAUAAAGCGUUGUCCACACUAUCAAAUUCUAUGUAACAAAUAAAUGUGAUCUUAAUGAAUAUGUACAUUUAUUUUGUUACAGCAAAGUACUUUUUUCUAAAGCAAAGAUUUAAAUGUUAAUAGUAUUUUGA